AUGCAUUCCUAUCUCUCUUUCUUCAUCUGUCUGGUCCUGAGCGUCCAGGUUCUGGCCGCCCCGGCGCCGCAACCGGUUCGGAAAAGCAGGUCUUUCCAAAUCGAACGAGUCAAGCGCAGUGACUAUGUCGCCCAUGGGCCCGUCGCCAUUCGCAAGGCCUUCCGCAAGUUUGGCAUCACCCCGGUGGACUUUAGCAACAUCAGCCUGAAGGACUUCCAGCCCUUUGACCACCAGACCUUCCGUGUCAAGUCCAACCAGGCCAAUGUCGCCGAGCCCGAUCAGACCGGCGCCGUGAGUGCGACCUCUGUCCAGAACGAUGUCGAAUUCGUUUCGCCCGUUUCUGUGGGUGGUCAGACUGUGACUUUGGACUUUGAUACUGGUUCUGCCGAUAUGUGGCUCUUCAACACCGAACUUCCUACGUCCGCCACGGCGGGUCGUGACGUCUACGAUCCCAAAAAGUCUACUACCUACAAGAAAAUCGAAGGAGGCUCCUUCAAGAUCAGCUACGGUGACUCGUCCUCUGCCUCCGGCGGUCUCGCCCAGGACGUUGUCGAUAUCGGCGGUGCCGUCGUCAAGGAGCAGGUCUUCGGACUGCCCACUAGCGUGUCUUCCUCCUUCAUCUCGGACACCAACUCCAACGGCCUCGUCGGUCUCGGAUUCUCCUCCAUCAACACCUUCCAGCCCGGCCCACAAAAGACCUUCUUCGACAACAUUGCCCCGAGCCUGGAAGAGCCCUUGUUCACGGCCCGUCUGCGCAGCGACGGCGUCGGCGAAUACGAAUUUGGUAAAAUCGACCACGCCAAGUACACCGGAAACCUGGUCAACAUCAGCGUGGACGCUUCGUCUGGAUUCUGGCAGUUCGAUGCUGGAUAUUUCGCCGUCGGCAGUGAUCCCCUGCAGAAGGUCCAGCAGGUGUCCCAGGCGAUUGCCGAUACCGGUACCUCGCUGAUGUUGGUCAGCCCCGACGUGGUCUCUGCGUACUAUAAGCAGGUCCGUCACGCCGCUUACUCCAGCGGUGUCUCUGGCUGGGUGUAUCCGUGCUCGUCCAAGUUGCCCAGCUUGACGGUCGCCCUGGGUGAUAAGUACCAAGCUACUAUUCCAGGAUCUUUGGUCAACUUUGCCGAAGUCGGAAGGAACACCACCACCGGUGAGACUGUAUGCUACGGUGGCAUCCAGUCCAAUCAGGGUUCCAGCCUGCAGAUCUUCGGCGAUGUCUUCCUGAAGGCUUUGUUCGUCGUCUUCGACCGACGAGGUCCCUCUCUAGGCUUUGCCACGCCGGUUUAA